AUAAGAGCCAUUGUUGCCACUGCUUAACCAAAAAAAAAAAAAAAAGUGAAACAUAGAAAUAAAGAAGGAAAGAUUUUUAUUACAGUUUUGCUUUAGGGAAAAUGAGACAAACAGCUGAACUCUCAAACAGAACUUAACAUUGUCUGGUUUUUUUUUUCUCCCUUUUUCUCUUUCAAGCUAAGCCUCUCUUUCAGGUUUUUUGAGCAGAGGACAUAUAAAUCCUUUCGUUUUCUUGAUUCGACUCGGGGGUAUCAUGCAAACGCCGAAAGCAAGUAGAACAAGCUCGGUGGUAGUGCCUCGGAAAAAAUCUCCUAUGACACCACAAACUGCUCGACAGUUGAAGAUACCCGGAGCCAAUUCGGGUUCUGUUUCGUCACCAAAUACGGCAAGUAAGGCAUCAAAAGAACAAAGUCCUAAGGUUACCGAGCGUAAAGCAUUGAAAAGUUCGGUGUCUGAGAAGAAUGGACUGAGCCGAGUGGCGGAACUUGAAGCACAGCUCGAUCAACUCCUAGGUGAGUUGAAGAAGACGAAGGAUCAACUAACUGCAUCUGAGUCAUGGAAGAGGUUGGCCUUACAGGAGGCUGAGGAGGCGAAGAAAGAGGUAUCGAUAAUGUCAGCUAAGCUCGAAGAAUCUGAACGAAAAUUGAUGGAAAUUUCUGCUUCUGAGGAUGACCGAGUGGAAGAACUCCGUAAAAUAUCGAAAGAUCGAGAUAGAGCAUGGCAGUCCGAACUUGAGGCUGUCCAGAAACAACACUCGAUGGAUUCGGCUGCGUUGGUUUCCGCUAUGAACGAAAUUCAAAAGCUUAAAGUUCAGCUCGAAAAGGUCUAUGAAUCUGAAUCUAUUCAAACGAAGCAUGCUGAAUCCGCACAUGCUGAGAUUCAGAAUAUGAAAAUUGAAUUAACCGAAACUCUUUCCUUGGUCGAAAAACUCAAGUCCGAGCUCACUGAUUGCCGAGAAUCUGAAGCACGGGGUCUCGAACUUGUUAGCGAAACCCGAAUGCAAUUCGAAGUAGCAAAUAAAACGAUCGAAAAGCUACGUUCUGAUGCAACCAAAGAAACCGAAGCUUACAACAUGUUACUAUUGGAGUUGGAACAAUCAAAAGGUAGAGUUAAGUCAUUAGAAGGACUUGUUAGUAAGCUACAAGUAGAACUGGUUGGUAAUGGCUGCAUUAAGGAUCCCGAACAACAGAAUGAAGAAAAUGAGGAGAUAAAACGGGUUAAAACCGAGCUUAAUUUCGCGAAACUUGAAAUCAGUCAAUUGAGAUCGGCAUUGGAUGAAGCUGAAGUUAGGUACCAAGAAGAAUAUAUCAAAAGCACAUUGCAAAUUAGGAGCGCUUAUGAACAAGUGGAAUGCAUAAAAUCAGGGUCGUCCCGAAAGGAAGCCAAACUCGAGGCUGAAUUAACGAGAACGAAAGCCAAUGUUGAAGAAUUAAGAUCACAAAAUGAGGGUCUUCGAGAAUCUGAACUUGCAGCGGAGUUGAAGAAGUUAGAGUUUGAUUUGAAAGAAUUGAAAGAUAACUUGACAGUCAAGGAAACCGAACUGAACACCAUAACUGGGCAGAACAAAAUGCUCAAAAGGGAAAUCGAGAGCAAAACGAAGAGUGAUGAACCAGUUGUUGUGUUGUUAGAAGCAUCAAAGGCUGCAGAGCGAGCAGCAUUGAUGAAAGUCGGAUAUUUAACGGAAGAAACCGAUAAGAGUAACCGAAGAGCAGCUCGGUUGACUGAAGAGCUCGAAUCAGCGCAAGCAGCAAACACAGAAAUGGAAGCCGAGUUGAAGAGACUUAAAGUACAAGCAAAUCAAUGGAGAAAAGCAGCCGAAGCAGCUACUGCUAUGUUGUCUAACAAUGGGAAAUAUUCAGACAAGACAAUACCUUUUGAUAUAACUAUCGGAUCACCGAAGUGGGAAAACAUCGAUGACGAUGAUGAUGACGAUUCAUCGAAAAAGAAGAACAAUAUGUUGAGAAAGAUUGGUGUGUUAUGGAAGAAAGGUCAAAAAUAAAGAUUAAUUGUAUUUGCAUUGCAGGUUUGCAUAUAAUUCUGAUAUAAACAUUAUCUUUUUAUGGUUAUUUUAAGGAAA